ACUUCCCACGACCAAAAGAUGUAAAAGAUGUUUCAAGGAGGUUUUACUGGAAAGCGGGAAGUAUUAGUAAAAGGAGGGUGAUUCGUUGUCUUUAUAUAUAAAGUGUGGAUGAGAAUUAGGAGCUCUGCAGGUUUAAAGGUGGAUGCUGAGCAGCUGGCAGGGCUGCUGUGGAUGAAGCGGCUGCUCGGAGGAGGAGCAGAGCUAAGCUAACGAUGGACAGAGGAUUAUCGCUUCAGCUCACAUUCCCUGUAAACAUAAAGGAAUUAAUAAUGAAAAGGCAUGGGAUUUAAAAGGGACGCCCCAGUUUGUGACUCUCAUUUAGUGACCACCCACAGGGAGAUCCUCGCGUGUUUCCUCCGUGGAAAGACGGCGCUCCUAACGGCCGGUGGGAUGCGGUGAUGCUGCGGGUCGGUGCCCUGAUCGGGACGGAGCUCCCUCCCUGCUUUAGAGGCCAUGAACAGCCGUGACUAUCAGCAGAUCGACCCGCAGGCACUGCCGACCCCCGCCCACAGCCCGCUGCCCCACCCCGCUGACCGGAGGCAGGAACCGAGGACACCCAGGAGGAAGUGGGAAGUUUUCCCCGGGAAGAACCGCUUCUUCUGCGAUGGAAGGAUCAUGAUGGCCCGUGGGUGUGGGGUCUUCCCACUCACCGUGGGCCUUAUCCUCGUCACCAGUACUUUAUUUUUUAUUUUCGACUGCCCGUUCCUGGUCAAACAUCUGACGCGCUGUAUACCUGCUAUUGGAGGGGUCCUUUUUGUGUUUGUGCUCAUCACACUGUUCCAGACCAGCUUCACCGACCCUGGCAUCCUGCCUCGAGCGACGCCAGACGAGGCUGCAGACGUCGAGAGGCAGAUCGAUGACACUGGGAACACCAGCUAUCGGCCUCCACCGCGCACCAAGGAGGUCCUCAUCAACCAGCAGGUGAUCAAGCUCAAGUACUGCUUUACCUGCAAGAUGUUCCGGCCUCCUCGCACAUCCCACUGCAGCCUGUGCGACAACUGUGUGGAGCGGUUUGACCAUCAUUGCCCCUGGGUGGGGAACUGUGUCGGGAAACGCAACUACCGUUUUUUCUACACUUUCAUUGUUUCGCUGUCCUUCCUGACUGCAUUCAUCUUUGGCUGUGUGACCACACAUCUGGCUUUAAGGGCCCAGGGAGGUAAAGGCCUGGUGUUUGCCCUUCAGGAGAGUCCUGGCAGAUAUCCUUGUGCAGUAGAGCUGGCUAUAUGUUUCUUCUCAGUCUGGUCCAUCUUGGGCCUCUCGGGCUUCCAUACCUACCUUGUCGCUUCCAAUCUGACCACCAAUGAAGAUAUCAAAGGCUCCUGGUCAGGGAAGAGUGGAGAUGGUGUAACCAACCCCUACAGUCAGAAAAACAUCUUUAUCAACUGUUGUUCGGUUCUCUGUGCACCUAUGCCACCCAGCUUGAUCGACAGACGAGGCUUUCUGCCCCCCAAUGAGUCGGCCCAGACUAGUGACGCGGACAUCGAGCCGCCCCGUCUAAAUCAUAAAAACGAGAUGAACGUGUUCAUCCAUCCUCAUCGUUUCCAUCCUGAAUAACAUCUGCACCUUUCACACGUGGAAGGAUAAAAUCCCAGAGCUUCAGUUUGGUCUCAUUAUGCGUGUAUUCAGCUGAGCCCAGACUCACUCUGCUCUAUAUGGUGUGUCUCUAUGCCUGUGUCCCAUCACUAUCAUCAGGAGGAGAAAUGUCAGGACUUUGCAAUGGUCUGCGCUGGCUAAAAAGCUGCUUUUAGUGCAGGAAUGAUGAGGCCUGAGCAUGGUAAGCAUGUUUAGACCAGAGGGAGGGGGAGUAUUUUGCUUUCGUCUCCCUGCCUGUCCUGCAUGCUUGUGCACCAGCAACGCCGUGAUGCAUGAAUAAUAGCAUUGAGUUUCAGCACUUUAUUUUGCACAGCAAUGACAUACAAAACUACUUGCUUCCUCACCAUUUUCUUCUGUUAUUCAAUCAAUAUCAACCAAAGAUAAGCUGAUGAUUCAAUAUGUAAAAACAUCUAAACCAUCUGGAAAGUCAGAAAUCUGCUGUGAUUAACCAUAUUUUUUUUUUCUUCUGAGUUCCUCACCCGAGCCUGAUUGUGACUUUAACUAACCUGAAAUAGGCUAAACGAUAUGAAAAAGUAGGACCUCAGAAAAUUAUACAAGACAAAAAACUGUCACAAUGACAUAACUGACAUCCGUUGUCCACUUACAGACCAAACUGAUACAUUUUUUCUGAGAAACAGAAUACUGGUGGACAUUUCUCAGCUUUCAAUUCAAUUCAGCUUCUUUCUAUAGCGCAAAUUCAGAUCACAUGUCAUCUCAAGGCACUUUCCAGUUCACUAGAU